CUUAGUACUGAAUAGAUUCGUUCAUUUUUACCUGUCAACAUUCGUUGAUAUUGAUAUCAGCGUGAUUUGUCGCAGUAGAUAAAAACUGUCUGGAACUUCUAGUAUUUGCUGAAGUAAUCAAGAUUCAUCGACAAGUCACAAAUGAGUCAUCAUUAAUUUAUAAGCUAUGAAGUUUUAAUAUAAAAACGUGAAGUCAAUCGCACCAUGAAGCAAGGAUUUAAAUUAAUCAAUGAAGUUCUAUGACUAUAAAGUGUCCCUGUAAUUUUUCUCAGUAGAUGUGUGACGUAUAGUGACAAGGAUGCUUAUGUGUCAUUAGUUUUGAUGAAUAUGACUAUCUACUAAUUUUACUUUUAUUGCGUUUGAUCUUGUAAAGUGUUAAUCAAUGUUGUCAUAUGGCGACAAAAAAUUCUUUCGAUGGAUUUAACCAACGACAUGGAAAUAGGAGUCAUAAUUCAUAAAAACAUUUAUGUUCGUUUGGGAAUAGUUUUAUUACUUCACCUUAUGAAAGUUUCAGGAGAGGUUGUGAAAAGACAGCUAAUACCGAGUUUCAUUCCAAUUAUACCAAGAGAUCAGGUAGUCCAUACAGGAGACACUGUUCUACUAAAAUGCCAGAUCAGAAAUUUGGGUCCUAAAUCGGUGUCAUGGCGUAAAAUAUCCGAGGAUUUCCCAUUGACUAUAGGCGACAUGAUGUAUGCGCCGAAUCCAGAAAUGAGUGUCGAUUUUGUGCGAAAUGGUCGUAUAACAAACAAUACUUUAAUUAUAAAACGUGUAAAACCGUCACACUCAGGGACAUACGAGUGCCAAAUAAGCUCUGCGAAUAUCUAUACAUAUCAUGUGAAUUUAGAAGUUUUAAAUACCAGGCGUUACACAGAACCAUCAAUAACUCUUGACGGUACACUGUAUCCAAGUCCAAACCAAAAACUAAAUCUCACGUGCAAUUCAACUGGUCAUGACCGUUCUCCUGAUAAAAUAGACUGGUUCCAUAAUGGAAACCUUAUUGCAGAAAACAAGCCACGGUGGAGAAAUAGAGCUGUUAUAGUUAACUAUGUCCCUGAGGUACCAGGUGUAUCGUUAAUAAGUCAGCUUACAAUAGAUAAAGUAGGAGCAUCAGACGCUGGAAUAUAUGUGUGCAGAAGUAUGACCCCUAGUGAGGGCAUGACUGUAAAGACGACCAGUGUUAUGGUCAAUGUGUUAAACGCAGAGAAGGAUAUUAAAAAGAGAGAAGAUGGUCAUACGCAAGAUACGUCACAUAAGUUAUCGAGACAGGACAGUAGCAAGACAGUCAGACUUUCGAGCUGCAUUUACUUGACACUGCUUGGACUAUUAUUUCAGAUGGUGAAAUGAUAACAUCUAUGUGAUAUGUACUAUUGUGCCUUAAAUGGGCGAAUGAGAAAGGUUUCACCUUGUUGAUACCAUGGCAACUAGAUCAUUCAUGAAACUCAAUGGAAUAGAACGUUUAGUGUUGUGAAUUGCACUUUUGUGAUAAAAGUUAACGAUAAUGCCGCAAAAGUCGGACAAUGGUCAUAUUUUGUACGACAACAAUGUUCAUAAAAUUACAUUUCAUUUCAGUGUUGUGAUCAGUUAUAUAUCUGAAAUCCAUAUCAUAGAGAAUCUCACUGAUCAUCUAUGCACGUUUGUAUGUUUAUAUAAGUAAAAAUAAACUUACAUGCAAAUCAUAUAAUUCUGGCUUAAUGUUGGAAUUCACCGCUGUUUCAUUUUAAUCCUGAGCUUGACACGUCUUAAUAAUACACUCCAGCUUAUAUUAGGUGGGUUCUGUCUUAUUCAUUCUUCGUGGCAGAUAGCCUCAAUAUGCCUUCAAGUAUAUAUAUGAAAUAUUGAUGGUAAAUGCCUAAUUUUAUGUCAAUAUAUUGUAACGAUACCAAAAGAAACAAUAUAUCUACACAGAAUUUGAAAUUAGCGGGCAGUCUUAAAAAGCUUUAACUUAAUCCCCGUGUGGCAACUCCCACUAUAGACAGGGCGAAAAAGUAAAACACACCUCCGCACCUUUGUACUUUCUGUACUUCCAAAAUACAAGGGCUCGAACAUGAGGCACUCAAAACUAGGUUUCAAGUGAAAUUCGCGAAACAAUUCAUUUCUCCAUAUUUGUAUACUUAUUCAAAAUUACCAGCUUGAUAACUCAAAUUAGUGAAUAUAUUUAGAUAAUUAGAAACUUACAUCAACUUGAUUGAUUUAGACACAAAAAAUAAAAUAAUACCGUAGAUGUUCACUUGUUUUUCGUUUAUUUGCACUCGUAAUUAUGUCUAUCAUAUUCAUGUACAUUCAACUACACGUUUUCUUGUGUUAUUAUUUCACCAAAUCGUUUCAGGACAAUUUUAUAUAUCUACCCAAACUAUUGUUAUUUUAACCACUAAAGCAAAGAUACCGGUAUAUUUACAUUGUUACCUCACUUCACUGUACAUUUCUUUACCAUGUCAUAUAUGUUCUGAAGAUAUUAUUUUGUUA